AACAAGGUGCUUAUUAAAUUGAUUUGUCUCCUGGCUUUUCUGGAAUGCAGAGCCGAGCGCGGGAGCGAGUCGCUGCUCACACCAAGUUCCCGCACGGCGGAGCGACAUGGCGAGCCCGGGGUCGCUGGAGACGGUCAUGCCUUCCUCCUGCCCCCGGCACGACGGCAGAGCCGCCACCGCUAACCCCUCCAAGACCCUGGCCUUCUCCAUCGAGCGGAUCAUGGCAAAGACGUCGGAGCCCAAGCCGGCCUUCGAGGAGCGGCACGGCGGGCCGGGGCCGGAGCCGGGCAAGAAGCCGCUGAGCCUGUGCUCGCCCCUGCCCUGCGUGAUCCCCAUCCCGCCGCUGGGCUACGAGCUGCCCUCCAAGACUCUCAACUACUCGGAGCUGUGGAAGAGCAGCCUGCGGGGCGGUGCGGGGCUCUGCAAAGCCAACUGCGGCGUUUGCUGCAAGGCAGAGCUCGCCCUGGGCCAGCCCAGCGGCCGGCUCAUCAAGCCGCAGGUCAUCCACCAGGCAGGGGCCGUGCCGGCUGCCCCCCGCUCCCUCUACUACUUCAACUACCUGGACGCCGCCUACCACCCGGCCGACCUCCUGCACGGACAGCUCUUCCCGGCCGGCCUGCUGGGCGCCCCGCCGCCCGGGGGGCUCUCGGCCCACCAGAAGCUUUUCCUGCUGGAGAACGCCAAGCUGGCGGGGCUGGCGGCCGAGAAGCUGCCGCCGCCGCCGCCCUUCGCCCACAAGGAGCGGCUGCCGGGACACCUGGACCAGGUGAUGAAGGAGGCGGCGGCGGCGGAGCGCGGCGGCCCCCCCAAGGGCCACGCCAAGAUGGGGGGCGGCGGCGGCGGGGCGGCGGAGGGCAAGCCCAAAAACUUUACCUGCGAGGUCUGCGGCAAGGUGUUCAACGCGCACUACAACCUCACCCGCCACAUGCCGGUGCACACGGGGGCCCGGCCUUUCGUCUGCAAGGUCUGCGGGAAGGGCUUCCGCCAGGCCAGCACCCUGUGCCGGCACAAAAUCAUCCACACCCAGGAGAAACCCCACAAGUGCAACCAGUGCGGGAAGGCGUUCAACAGGAGCUCCACGCUCAACACCCACAUCCGCAUCCACGCUGGCUACAAGCCCUUCGUCUGCGAAUUCUGCGGCAAGGGCUUCCACCAGAAAGGCAACUACAAGAACCACAAGCUGACCCACAGCGGGGAGAAGCAGUACAAGUGUACCAUUUGCAACAAAGCCUUCCACCAGAUCUAUAACUUGACUUUCCACAUGCACACCCACAAUGACAAGAAGCCCUUUACGUGUGUCACUUGCGGGAAAGGAUUUUGCAGAAACUUUGAUUUAAAGAAGCACGUCCGAAAGUUGCACGACAGCACCCCGGGGCUGUGCAGGCAGAGGGGGACACCAGCAGGGAAAGGCACCCAGCCCUUGGACUGCGGUCCUGGGGGCGUUAGUGCCUGGUGAUACGGUCACCCCAUGGCCUUCCUCUCCUGGAGAUUCCUGCACACAGGAAU